GCGCUGGGGAGGUUCAUACCUCGGCUGGGUUGAUAUGGGUCGGAGGAAAACGCUGGGUAGUGGGUCUUUGGGCCGGGCCCUUAUCCGCCAUCAGACUCAACGGAGCCGGAGCCACCGUCACACCGACCCGUGGUUGCACACAAGUGAACUCAAUGAUGGCUAUGAUUGGGGUCGCCUUAAUCUUCAGUCUGUGACUGAACAGAGCUCUCUUGAUGACUUUCUUGCAACUGCAGAACUUGCAGGAACAGAGUUCAUAGCUGAGAAGCUUAAUAUUAAGUUUGUGCUCCCUGAGGCUAGAACUGGACUGCUGUCUUUUGAAGAAAGCCAGAGAAUUAAGAAACUCCACGAAGAAAACAAACAGUUCUUAUGUAUACCAAGGAGACCAAACUGGGACAAAAAAACUAGCCCAGAAGAACUUCAACAGGCAGAGAAAGAUAACUUCCUAAAAUGGAGACGUCAACUUGUCCGGCUAGAAGAGGAACAAAAGUUAAUAUUGACCCCUUUUGAACGAAAUUUGGACUUUUGGCGCCAACUCUGGAGGGUCAUCGAGAGAAGUGAUAUUGUGGUGCAGAUAGUAGAUGCUCGAAACCCACUCCUGUUUAGAUGUGAAGAUUUGGAAUGUUAUGUGAAAGAGACAGAUGCUGAGAAGGAGAACAUUAUUCUGAUAAACAAGGCCGACUUGCUGACUGCUGAACAGCGGAGUGCCUGGGCCACAUACUUUGAAAAAGAAGAUGUGAAGGUUAUUUUCUGGUCAGCUUUGGCUGAAACUGCUCAACUGAAUGGUGACUCUAAGGAACAAGUGAACAGAAAUGCUGGAGAAGCCAACACAUCUGAGUCUGAAAACUCCAGUUUUGAAGAGAGUGAAAUUCCGCACAGGGAGACUGACCAGCUCCCAGACAGGGAUUCUCUCUCACUUGAUGAUUCUUCUAGUGAUGAAGAUGAUAGUGAGUAUGAGGAUUGUCAGGAGGAGGAGGAGGAAGAUUGGCAGACAUGCUCAGAAGAAGAUAACUGCCCUGAUGAGAAGUCCUGUGCUCAGGGCUGGAAGGAAAGCUGUACUGUGGACUCUGAGACUCAGGGCAGGAAAACCCCACAGAGGAGACAGAUACACAAUUUUAACCACCUGGUGUCAAAGCAGGAAUUAGUGGAGCUCUUUAAGCAGCUGCACACUGGGAAGAAAGUGAAAGAUGGGCAACUUACUGUCGGACUGGUGGGCUACCCUAAUGUUGGUAAAAGUUCAACCAUCAACACCAUCAUGGGCAACAAGAAAGUAUCUGUAUCUGCCACACCAGGUCACACCAAGCAUUUCCAGACUCUCUACGUGGAGCCUGGCCUAUGCUUGUGUGACUGCCCAGGCCUGGUGAUGCCAUCCUUCGUGUCUACCAAGGCAGAGAUGAUUUGCAAUGGAAUCCUCCCAAUUGACCAGAUGAGAGAUCAUGUCCCACCAAUAUCACUAGUAUGCCAGCAUAUUCCACGACAUGUUUUAGAAGCCACCUAUGGCAUCAAUAUCAUAAAACCUAGAGAAGAUGAAGAUCCCUAUCGACCUCCAACCUCAGAAGAAUUAUUGACAGCUUAUGGAUAUAUGCGAGGAUUCAUGACAGCACAUGGACAGCCAGACCAACCUCGGUCUGCACGCUAUAUCCUAAAGGAUUAUGUCAAAGGGAAACUACUAUACUGCCAUCCUCCUCCUGGAAGAGAUCCCGUGACAUUUCAGCAUCAGCACCAACGACUCCUAAGGAAUGAAACAAAUAGUGAUGAAAUAAAAACACAGCCGGGUGGAAAUAAAAAAACAAAGCAGAUUGAAAAUGUAGUUGACAAAACUUUUUUCCAUCAAGAGAAUGUGAGAGCUUUGACCAAAGGGGUUCAGGCUGUGAUGGGUUAUAAGCCUGGGAGUGGCCUGGUGACUGCAGCUACUCUGACCUCGGAGAAUGGAGCCAGGAAGCCCUGGAAAAAACACGGCAACAGAAAUAAAAAAGAGAAAAGUCGUAGACUCUACAAGCACCUGGAUAUGUGAACCUGUGCUGCAACAGAAGUGGCAUCUGCACUGUGCAGAUGGAAAAGAACAGAAGCUGCUUGUUGCCUCUGGAACUUUUCCAAGGCUCUGGUGCCGUGGAAUGGCCCCUGCUCUAGUGGAAUGCAGCCACACUCACCAGUCUUGAUGUCAAGACAGAAGGGUUCCUAGAAACACCGGCUCUGACUCAAGCAGUCAUUGGAACCCCAGAAACAUACUCCUGUAGGAGGCUGAACUUCAGAUGAGGGAAUGAAUAAUGUGUAUUUGUGUAACAUAUAUACAAAUGCUUAUUAAUUUGAGUUGGAAUGUUUUUGAAAAUAUACUAAAAUUGUCACUAAUUGAUGUUUUCAUUCAUUUAAGUAGAUUAAAUGCCAGCUGGACAUUCCAUAAUCUUUUAACAGUUGUAAUCAAUUAAAACAUGACUGGAAUUUGAGGUGGAUUCUUUUGAGGACAUUUAUUUGGAUUAGUAGUGUAAACUUCACAUAAACACCCAACACAUCUUUGAUGUGGCACAGGACUGGGGGACUGGCAUAUAUGGUUUUUAAAAGCCCCUGGGGAGCUUGACUUCCCACGUUGAAAUCACCAUCCCCUGAGCCAGUCCUACAGAGGGAAGCAUGUGUUGCUGCUAACCCAUCUGUAGAGAGCCACAGAGUGGGAGAAUAGUUUAUCAGUUUUUAUUUUAGGCAUAGAGAUCCCAGAUGUCCUUUGGUACUUAUCAUUAAGGGUGAGCUGGCACACUUUACCUUUUAUAGUCACAUUCUGUGUAAUAUACUAUGACUCUUUCAACUCCUCACUUCUUCUGUGUCCCUUUUUCUCUGCAUCUUGUUAUCCCUUUAAUUCAGUUGCCUUCUUGCUUAUUA